AUGAUUCAAAAUCUAGUCAUUAAUGCUUCAUUGCCAUUUAAUUUAGUGGAGCAUGAAGACUUUAAAAAAUUGAUAACAGUUGGAUAUAAUGGUUGCCAUGUAUUAACAAGGAAAACAUUGAUGAAAAAUAUAACUGUUCAACAUGAAAAUCUCAUACUUACAAUGAAAGAUGCAUUUUCCAAAGUCGAAUAUUUGACCACAACAGCUGAUUGUUGGUCUAUUUUUAAAAGGUCAUAUUUAGGGUUGACAUGCCAUUGGAUUAAUCCAAACACUCUUGAAAGAGUAUCUUGUUUGUUGGCCAUUAAAAGAAUAAAGGGUAGUCAUACGUAUGAUAUAUUAGCUAAAGAAAUGGAAUCAGUAUAUUUGUACUUUAAUAUUAGUGAUAAAGUCAUAUAUACAACUACUGAUAACGGAUCAAAUUUUGUCAAAAGUUUCCAGUAA